AUGAAUCAAUUUAGCGGUGCUGUUCUAUUUUUGGUUGGUAUCGUUGUUCGAAAUCAAAUAGCAACGUUUCUCGAUAUUUCACCUGAAAGUUCAUCAUCAGCGCCCUAUAUUUUGAUUGGUCUUGGUCUAAUCAUAUUUUUCAUUGGAUUAUUGGCCUUUUGGAGUACAGUGAAAGGAGUAGUAAUAGUUUUACAUGUCUUAGAAGACACACUUAAAGGUAGUUUAAGAAAAGUAAUAAAUGAUUAUCCAAAACAACCAAGUUUACGUUCGGUAGAUCGACUUCAAAGUACACUGUCUUGUUGUGGUGUUAAAUCCUAUGAUGAUUGGUUCGAUACGAAUUAUGGUCGUGCUUUGACUCAAGUUCCAAAAUCAUGUUGCAAAAAAAAUGUAUCGCAUACAUGUAAUCGAACACAUUUACCCUCAACAUCAUUGUCCUUAAUUCCACCUAGCGAUAUUCAUUUGCAAGGUUGUUAUAACGCUAUCGUAACUGUAAUUCAGUCAAAUUAUCCUAUAUUCGCUGGAGUUAUCAUUGGCAUUGCUUUUUUUCCGUUAUUAAGUGUCAUAUUAUCAUGCUGUUUGGCGCAUUCCUUAAAAAAACAGCGCUAUGAACAAGUGGAGUAA